ACUCAACGCGAACGGUCUCACUGUGUAGCGGUUGGGGGCGGAAUUGAAUUUAUUUGCAAACAAAAAUCGAAACACGGGAGCCCGACGUUAGCUCUGUGUCCAAAUCGCUUGUGUGAAAGUAUUCUGAUUCGCCCGCCCGCCCGUGAAAGUGUUUUCUGCAAUUUUCCGCAUCCGCAUUCGCAUCACAAUGGCUGCGCACUUUUUCCGCACUGCAUUUUACGCAACGGCGGCCAGAAAAUCGAUGAGUCUGCCCUUCGCCGGCCGGACAGCCGCAACUCUAGCCGUGGGCCUAUCAUUCGGUGCGCAAAAUAGCCGGGCAGCCGUGCCGUACGAGAAUGCCUACGCGGACAGCUUCUUCGGGGGCUGCCAGAUGCAGGGACUGCUCCAGCGGAUUCCCCAGACCGGAUACAUCCAGCCCCCGCUGAUGCGGAACUUCUCGAGCCUGCAGACGGGCCACCACCAGCAGCAGCAGCCGGCUCCAAAUAGUGCCAUGGCGCCGUCGAACAAUCGCCGGUACUUAUCCUCGCAGGAUAUUACCAAGAACAUGACCCUGUACACCAGCACCAAGACCCAAGUCGAGGUGGAUCCCAAGACGCUGGCCUUCAAGAAGCCCACUGGCAACCCACUGGUCCUCAUGAUGGCCUGGCUGAUGGCCAAGCAGAAGCAUCUGAAGAAGUACGCCCAGAUCUACACUGAGAUGGGAUUCGACGUGGUGGUGGUGCACAUCACGCCGUGGCAGCUACUCUGGCCGGUCAAGGGAACCCAGGUGGUGGCCGCCGAGACCAUUCGAUUCCUGGAGAACAACAAGUCGUACGAGCCCAUCGUAAUGCAUGGCUUCUCCGUGGGCGCCUACCAGUUGGGCGAGAUCAUGCUGCAGAUGUCGCGCGACAUGGAUCGCUAUGGCAGCAUUCUGGACCGCUUCGUGUGCCAGGUGUGGGACAGCGCCGCCGACAUCACCGAGAUCCCGGUGGGCGUGCCCAAGUCCAUCUUCCCGAGGAACGAGCGCAUGCAGAGCGCCCUGCGCAACUAUACGCUGUACCACCUGAAGACAUUCCACAACCAGGCCACCAUCCACUACAUGCGCUCCAGCCAGAUGUUCCACUCCACGCUGCUUAAGGCCCCGGCGCUGUUCUUCGUGUCGGACAACGAUCCCAUCGGUCCGCCGUCCUCCAACCACGCCGUGCGCGAGGACUGGGAGCGUGCGAACAUCAAGGUUACGUUCAAGUGCUGGGAGCGGUCCCAGCACGCCGCCCACUACAUACGGCAUCGCGAGGAGUAUCUGCAGACGCUGUUCCAGCAUCUGGAGACCUGCGGUGUCUUGGAGGCCAUCGGCGUGCCGAAGCGCGCCAAGUUGUAGGUGUCCUAGCGAGGAGCCGCUGAUCAGUUCAGUGAUAUACAUUUAUUCAAGAAUCAACGCGAUUAUGAUUUUACCCUAGUUGUUAAGAACUAAAGAUUAACGAGCAAAGUAAAACCAAUGUCCUCUUUAAAUGAUUAUGAUCUGUGUGUCUCUCGCGAGGCAGAAUCUUCAAAAGCCCGCACGGGAAAUUCCUAGGCUAAGCUUAAAGUCGUAUUUCAUCAACUGAGAGAAGAAUGCACUACGCCUCUAUAUUGUUACAUAUAUUUUGAGAUCGCUGCAAAACAGCUGAAUAAAGUAAUUUAAAUGAUACGAACACAUUAAA